UGGUUAACUUCUGAAACAGCAAUUCAAAUUUUUACUAAUCAUCAACUAAAAAAGAAACAAAAGAAAGAAAUCUUAAGAUCUAAUGAUAAAAUUGUUAUUUAUACAGAUGGUUGUUGUAAAACUAAUAACAAUGGGUGUUUUGCCAAAAUUGGGAUUUAUUACAAGGAUGGAAGUAAACAAAUUACCGAGUCAUUACCAGGUUCAUUUCAAGAUAACAAUCGUGCGAAAAUUUACGCGGUAGUUCAUACUCUUGAAACAUGUGAAAAUUGA